AUAUCUCCACACACGCAGUGCCUCUAACAGAACGCCUCAAUCCAACAUAUCGCGAUUGUAUUGUACAAGAUUCAAACAAUCAUCCUCCGUCGUAGUAUUUUUAUAAAUAAUCGAAGUAAAUCGAUUUUUGUUGAGGUGAAUUUCCGGUUUUGUUUACGAGGUUAGGUAUUUAUUCUUUUUUUUUUUUUUUUUUUUAAUAGGAAAUCUGUGAUAAUAAUAUUCGUAUAGAGACUGAUGUGUUUUUAAUUCUUGUGAGUGUUGUGUUCAAUUUUAUUGGGUUUUUUACGAACUAACUUUCUGGAAUAUGGAAUGAUGUCACGUUUUUACAUCAAUUCCAAUUCUUCGUUGGCUAAUUAUCAACAAUAUGAGGACCGGCUUACAGCUACCGGGCAUGGUUCCCUGACACUCAGCGGCGGCUCGCCUGGUGGCGGCUAUUCCGCGGGGGGUUCAGCCGCCCACCACCGAGCCGCCUCAGGCCUUCACCAUUCGGCAGCGGCAGCCAUGCAGCAUCAAUUACCGCAACCGGAUUUCCAACCCCCUUAUUUUCCACCACCAUUUCAUCACGCACCUAGUCCACCGCCACAACAGCACUUAGAGUACCUCACGGAUCCCUACGGGGGUCUUUCGGGGCUACACCAUUACAACCAGUUGGGCUUAAGGCCGAGAGAUGGCGAUGGUAGCCAUACACACGUUAGUCAGUUAGGUCAUGGAACGAGUUUUCCUUACAGUACCGGUCCAGGAGGAGGACGACCCGAUUAUACGACAGCGUCUCAACGACAUGACGAUCCACUUUCACUUCAUCAAGCCCUUGGUCAAGCAGUAGAAGACGCACAAGGAGGUCUAGAUGACAAUGCGGGUUUUAUUACCGACUUACCUCUACUUAAAAACAUAAAAGGAAAAGACCAUGCUGGAGGAUCCAUGGUUUCGUCCAACGACGUUUUUUGUUCGGUACCUGGUAGAUUAUCACUAUUAUCAUCAACGUCAAAGUACAAAGUAACCGUAGGGGAAGUACAACGCCGAUUAUCUCCACCGGAAUGCCUCAACGCUUCUCUUUUAGGAGGAGUACUCAGGAGAGCGAAAAGUAAGAACGGUGGACGCAUCCUCAGGGAAAAAUUGGAGAAAAUCGGUUUGAAUUUACCAGCCGGAAGGCGAAAAGCUGCCAAUGUCACGUUACUUACUUCCUUAGUUGAAGGGGAAGCUGUACAUUUAGCUAGAGACUUCGGAUAUGUAUGCGAGACUGAGUUUCCUGCUAGGCAGGUAGCGGAAUACUUCUUACGUCAAAAUGGAGAGACUUUGAGGAGAAAGGAACUUCUCCAAGCCACCAAACAAAUAACGAAAGAGCUGAUGGACCUUCUGAACCAGGACCGCUCGCCGCUAUGCAAUACUAGGCCGCAAAUAAUCUUAGAUCCAUCCAUCCAAAGACACCUGACGCAUUUUUCGUUGAUCAGUCACGGAUUCGGGGGUCCUGCUAUUGUCGCAGCUCUCACAGCUAUACAGAAUUUCUUAAACGAAUCCCUGAAACAUUUGGAUAAAGUGUUUCCUAACCAGAACGCUCAGCCGAUGUUAGUGACGUCUUCGUUGGACAAGGGGAAGCUGGAGGACAAGAAGUGACGACUUAAGAAUCUCUUGUAUGUUGUGAUCUAAUCGUCGGAUUAGUUUAAUUUUUAUAUCUAAAGUUGGUUGUGGUCAAACGCAGGUUUUUUUUUUUAAAGCGAAUAUGCAAAAAUAUGUGCAAUAUUUUAGUGAAAAUUCCAUUGUCGAUAAAGGUUUUUCGUUUAAUCUAAUCUGGUAUAUAAAAUAUUACGUUACGGACCACAAUAAUUGAUUCAUACAGUAUAUUAACGAAUUCAUAUUUAAUUCAAUUAAAAUUUCCCGCUCUCGCCAUCUAUGGUUGGUAAACUAACUAACUAGCUGUCAUUUUUCAUACAUAACCUGUAAUUGAGAAGCUUUUACGUGAAGCUAACAAUUUUGACAUUUGUAAUGACAUUUGGGAGGUACAGAACAAAAAUGAUAUGACAAAAGUGUGUCUGAAAUCAUUACUCGUGUAUCAGAGGAAAUUAUAAUCGAAAAGUUGGCAGUACAAUUCAGAUUUCCUUCUCUCGCCAUCUAUGAAUAGAAAACUGACUAACUAGCUGUCAUUUUUCAUAUGUAACCUGUAUUAAAGAAGCUUUUAUGUGACACUAACAAUUUUGACAUUUGUAAUGACAAUUGGGAGCCACAGAACUAAAUUGAUAUGACAAAAGUGUGACUGAAAUCAUUACUCGUGUAUCGGGGGAAAUUAUAAUCGAAAAGUUGGCAGUACAAUUCAGAUUUCCUUCUCUCGCCAUCUAUGAAUAGAAAACUGACUAACUAGCUGUCAUUUUUCAUAUGUAACAGAACAAAAUCUAAAUGUCAAAAGUAUCACUGAAAUACUUUGUGAACGUUGGCAACCUUGUAGCGCUAGCCGUGUGAGAUCGUUCUCAGGUGUCAAAAUUAGUAAUUCAGACGGAAUUUUUUGCCUCUUUUUUCCAUUACCUAAACAUAAUAUUGUUACCAUAUCAUUUAAUACCAAAACCAGGAAAAAAAUAGAACGUGGCAACGACGUAAAGCAACGCCAUAUUGGAUUAUCCGAACUCAAAACAUAGAGAAAAUAUAAAUAUAGAGAGAGGGAGGUAUGGGAACUGCUGGUAGAAAGAGAAAAAACAUCGUUAUACCAUUCUUUAUCUCAAACAGAAAAACAAGAAAUUUGACACAAUCACGUGAAUUCCACAACAGUAAAACAUAAACUCUGUGCAAUAUAGUUGGAAUUUUCUAUUACGCUCACAGCCAUAUUUAUAAUUGUAAACACGAGCAAAUUUAAAUUUGGCGCCAAUAUGUGAAUUAAAAGAUGGUUGAUAUGUCAGAAUCAGUAUGGCGUCAAUUUAUUACGUCAUUACUAGCGGGCCAGGAUAUUGAAGUGUAUUUCGAAAUAAUGGCUAAUUAGCUUUCGAUUGUCAAAUGUCAAAAAUUUUUGUUUUGUAUUAAACAAAUUACUUAUUCUUUCAACGAACCGUUAACACCAAUUUCGUUUUUUUUGGGGUUAUUAUACAGUUUAAAGAUUUCACAUAUAAUAUCUAGGUUAAAAAAGUUCAUAGCAAUGUUAUAGAAUAGGUAAGUACAAGGAUUUUAAUAUAAAUACAUUUUAAACAGUGCCAUUUGUUAAAAUAGCUCAAUUAAGCCACUUAUUGAAUAGUGCCAAAUUAGUUAAUUUAAUUUUUUAAUGAUCUUAAGUGCCAAAAAACAAACUGUUUUAAUCAGAAUGUAUACUUGAAAACUGCGUUUGACUGGUAUCUAAGUUUAAGUUGAUUGAAUUAUGAAACAUUUUUCAUAAAAUAAUAAUUUUUGAUGUAUACGAAAUUUUUAGGUCAAUACGAUUUGGUAAAAGCCCUAUAACGUGUGGUGUUUUUUUUUUAAUAACGAUUUAAAAAAUUAGAUAACUUUCUCCUAACGAAUUUAUUUUAAAAUUACAAAAGUUGUACUUUUAUUAUUUGGUCUAGGGGGCAAUUAAGUUUAUUAGUUUCAAUUUAUACAACAGGUGUACAUUAAAUGGAAAACCAUUAAUAAGGUUUAUGAUACGAUGAUCAGUAUAAUUAUUUAACAUCAUAAACAGUUCAAAAUCUUGUUUCAUACUUAAGAUACGAGAUUAAUAAAAGGUUAGUCUUUAGUGCAAAUUAUAGUCCACGUUUUUAAUCAUAGUAAUUUCACUAACAGUAUCGAUUUUUUUGCAUAAAUUAAAAUUUUAUUAUUCAGUCAACUUAUAACUUGAAUUUGUUUAAAACUGUUAUGAGUAUUAUUUUGUUUAUUAUGUAAUUAAUUAUUUAUGUACAUAGAUAUUUAUAAAUAUAUAUUUUUCAAACAGUGCCAAUACCAACAGUGUAAAUAUACAUUUUGGAAAAUUAUAUUAUUAAAAAUCUCAA